AUGAACACACUCCACACACGCCCUCCUGUCAGCACACCUACAAUAAAAACUGCCCUCUGCUCCCGUCAGUUCGCCCUCCCAGAUACACACCUUAGAAGAGAUUUGCUGGACCAAAGGUUCCCAUUUUCUUUUCCUUUUUUAGAGAUCUUCCUGGGAUUCCUGGGCAUCGGCCUGAGCAUCAUGUGCUGCACCACCUUCUGCAGGGCGUGCGCCCGUUUGCGGGAGGAGCACAUAGAGAGGGAGGUGCUGAGGCGCAGCGAGCACAGCCCCCAUCUGCAGUCCAUCUACGUCAUCCCCUUCCCUCACCGCAGGCCUCGGCGCGACAGCGAGGACCUGCACGCCGCCGAGCCGGACCCCGAGCGCACGCCACCGCGGUACAGCACCACCGAGUACUACGGGCCCCCACCCUCAUACAACGAGUUGGUACUCAAACCCGAUGAACUCCCCCCAGCCUACACUGAAUAUAACGUCCCUGUGUAUCCAACAACGCCGCCACCAACUCUGGAAAACAGAGAACAGCUCCAGGGGCGCUCACAGCCACAAUAAGGCAACAGCCCCCCCCCCCGGCCUGCUGGGUCAAUAACGGACAGUCCUGCACUGCCUCGUGGAGUCAGAUGAGCUUUAAACAGGAGUUUGUAUUAUUUUUAAAUGGUAGAAAAUGCCAUAAAGUUGGAAAAUGGAGGGUCGUCGUAACUCAGAAGUGAAGUUGGUAGUCUUUCAAUCUGAGGAUUGCUGGUUCGAUCCCUUCCCGCCUUGGUUUACGUGUCCAAAGUGAACAGUUCAUCUGAAAUUACCUCCCAAUGUGCUCCUUCCUAUUAUGUCACAAUAUAUGAGAAUGUCUCCUACAUGAAUGUAAAGUAAAUAUGAAACAUAUAGUACAUAGAUCCAUUUUAUUUUUGUAUGUGAUUGUUAAAACGGCAUACUUGAGCCUUAUUUCCUUCAUCAUCAAAGGAUUUUUGUGGUUUUUUUUUACUUUGCUGGCAUGUCACACUAUCGUAGGAUGUCUCAAGCCUUUUAAAAUGUAUUGAUCAUGCGUAAUGAAAACACAGGUGCCCAUUCAGACUGAAAUGCACUUUGUUUUAGAGGUAGUCCCACAUCAGGACACCUCUGUCUCCCACUGAUUCAUUUCAUUUUGUAGUGACUCAUUUCUAUAAACCAUUCCAUUCACAGCUUAAACAUAUCAACUCUGCAGACUUCCCAAAUCUGAUCACUCUUAGCAAAUAUGUAGCAAAACGGCAUAAUAAACAGAAAUUGACAUUAUUUUAGUGUUUACGAGUUUGACAUCUUUCUCAUCUGUUUUUUCACAAAUACUCACUUGAACUCGGUUCGUUAUCAUCAUCUCUGCGCUGUUGCAUGUCUUUCUUUGUGUUUUGUUCUUGAAUUAAUGUUAGACACGCCGUUUAUUUAUUUAGUCUUGUCAGGAUAUGUGAGUGUUUUAUGUUGUGGUCGUAUGGCUCAAUUUAAUUUAAAAAAUGUUUUUAACCAAACUGCCUCUCAGGUAAAGCUUUCUGUAUCAGACUCCGAAUGAAGGAGCUGUAUAUUCAUGUUUAAAUCAAGACAAGAUGAUUUUCCGAAAGACAAAUGUUUACAACCUUUUCUAUUUUUGUUCCCGUUUGCUUUUCUUAAUUUUCUCUGUCUUACACUCCAUCAGCCCUUCACACAUGGAUGAGUAAUCCACUGAUGAGAAACCCUGUUUUUCUUUGAAUAAACAUUUGGGACAUUCCUCUGAACUUAUUUUAAACAUUCAAUGUCAGGACUUGAAAUAUACUUGCAACAUGCAAAUAGUGCAUAAAUCUCAGGACAAAGUAUAAAUAGUAUUUAAAUGUGUGAUAAUUAACAUCAAGUCCCCUGGGAAAUGGAAAUCUUUAAAUCCAUCUUUAUAAAUGCUAAGACACCAUGUUUUUGUGCAAAAAAAGCAAAUAAACAGAAUGAUAACAUUUUUAUGUAAAUAUCUCCUCAAUGAAUACAUGAUGUAGACUUGUGAAUCAAAUCCCAUGAAUGUUUUAUCAAAAGAGGAAUAAAAGUUGAUAUUUUUGUGUGC